AUGGCCACGAUCAAACCUAUCGAGGGUCGCUCGGUCCAUCAAAUCCAGUCCGGCCAGGUCAUCGUAGAUCUCUGCUCAGUGGUGAAGGAGCUUGUGGAAAACAGUCUUGACGCAGGCGCUACCUCGAUUGAAGUACGGUUCAAGAAUGACGGUUUAGACUCCAUCGAAGUCCAGGACAAUGGGGGUGGAAUAGCACCCGAGAAUUAUGAGAGCAUAGCUCUCAAACAUUAUACUUCGAAGCUUUCUUCCUACGAUGACCUAACCUCCUUGACGACCUUCGGCUUCCGCGGCGAAGCGCUCUCGUCCCUAUGUGCCGUAUCCAACUUCCAUGUUAUCACUGCCCAGGCGCAUCAAGCGCCGAAAGCGAACAAAUUAGAAUUCGAGCAGUCUGGGAAACUUAAGGGUACUCAAAUAGUGGCCGGGCAGAAGGGAACUAUCGUGUCUGUUGCGAACCUGUUUAGCAGGCUUCCCGUGCGUCGAAAAGAGCUGGAAAAGAAUAUCAAGCGUGAAUUGGCGAAGGUGGUCAACCUACUCAAUGAAUAUGCUUGUAUCACAACUAGAGUGCGGUUCAACGUGAAAAACACGGAUGCGAAACGAAGACAGGUGGUGCUCUUAACGACCAAAGCGAAUUCAACCGUGAAGGACAACAUCGCGAAUGUCUAUGGUGCCAAAACACUGUUGACGCUGAUUCCACUUGCAUUGGAGCUGGAAUUCGAGCCGUCAGCAACUGGAAAAAGAUUGAACCGGGAACUUAACAAGAUAUACGUCAAGGGUUACAUAUCACGCCCUGUUGUAGGAGAAGGCAGAGGAACUCGUGAUCGUCAAAUGUAUUACGUCAAUUCGCGGCCAUGCGGCAUCCCGCAGAUUGCUAAAGCUUUUAACGAAGUGUACAAGUCCUACAAUAUUUCUCAAGCACCAUUCGUACUUGCGGAUUUUCAGAUGGAUACGAGUGCAUACGAUGUGAAUGUCUCGCCGGAUAAGCGCACUAUUCUUCUACAUGAUUCUGCUGCGCUUAUCGAAUCGCUAAAAGAAGCAUUGGAUAAUUCAUUUGAAGAGGCUGAACAAACAGUCCCGCAGUCUCAAUUCACUACUAACAAGCAGCAAUCUGAUAUCCAACAGCGGCUUCAGGAAUCCCCUAUCAGAGCUACUUUCGAGAAAGGAGGAAUAGAACCUAUUCCCGUCCGUAACGAAAGUCGUCGAGAUACGAUGGAUCACACGGAAGCUCUAUUUGAACAUGGCACCGAAGAUAAACCGGAGAAAGAAGGAAUCACCGAAAAAGAAAGGCCAAUAGCUCUUGAACAAGCGGACAGCCAAGUCACUAGUACUGAGCCAGAUGCAGACGUGGAAGAUGUAGAUGAAGAUGCCGGUCAUGCCGAUGACGCAGUCAAUAGGAUACGAGCACAAGCUGCCCAGCUCACCCCCCAGCCAAAUGAGAGGCGGAUCCCAAGGUUACAAAACCCCUCUCCAGUGGAAAGAACAAGCGUGAUUCAGAACGCUUUUGACCGAAUGCGCCCAAGACGACCGCCGGCUGAAGUUGCCACGAUCACUAUCGGCGAUAAAGUUACCACAUCAGUGGUUGGUCAUGGCUCGUUACGGAAGAGGGAUUCUUCGUCUGCAGGCUAUAUUGAAGGCACACGCCAGUCAAAACGUAGAAUUCAUACUCCUUCGAAGCCCAACAUCUUCAGCCAAAAUUUGAAGUCUUUCGCAGCUCCGGGUACACAACCUGAUGUUGACAGGGCCGAUUCUCAAGAAGAUAUCGAUGAAUACGAAGAGAAUAGUGAUGAGGAGAUGUCAGAAACUGCCCAGUCACCAGUUCAUUCUCCAGAUGAACCGGUGGACACAGAGUCAAUUGAAGAUAGUGAACCUAGUGGAGAUGAACAAGGAAAUAUCCCUCCAUCGGAUAACACCAUUCAUAAGGCCGAUGGCGAUGUUAUUGGGGAGACAGAGAAAAAGGCCCAAGAAGAUGCUAAAGUCCAAGAGCUUAUUCGAAAGGCAGAGGAAAAAGGCGGACUGAAUAGUGAAAGUCACAUAAAACGUGGCAAGUAUAUUGAAAAGGAACAGCAAAGCCAGAAAAAUUCAACGACAUGCCUUCUUGCGACACUCAACAGUUCUAUCGCUCGAGUCCAGACUCAAAUGGAGACGCUACGGGACUUGCUAGGGUCCUAUACGAGCGCGAAGGAGACCAAAGAUGAUGAUGAAUUGUUCGUUCAACAAAAAACUGGGGAAGAACGUCUCUCAUUGACAGUGUCGAAAGACGAUUUUGCGAAGAUGCGAAUUGCAGGGCAGUUCAAUCUAGGAUUUAUACUGGCUACCCGCUCACAAGGAGUCGACGAGCCAAUGGCGGGUUCAGAAGAUGAACUGUUCAUCAUUGACCAGCAUGCCUCUGAUGAGAAAUACAACUUUGAACGACUUCAGGCAGAAACAGUUGUGCAAAAUCAACGCCUCGUGCAUCCGAAAACACUAGACCUGACGGCGGUCGAAGAAGAAGUUAUUAGAGAGAAUAAACCGGCUUUUGAGAAAAACGGCUUCGUUAUCGAAAUAGACGACAGUGGUAACGAGCCUAUUGGCCGACGGUGCAAGCUUAUAUCGCUCCCACUUAGCAAAGAAGUCGUCUUUGACAUUCACGAUCUGGAAGAGCUUAUUGUUCUAUUAUCCGAAACUCCGACUGGUGCGGCAGUGAAUACACUUAAAUCUGAUACAUAUGUACCUCGGCCCAGCAAAGUUCGGAAAAUGUUCGCUAUGCGUGCUUGUCGAUCAAGUAUAAUGAUAGGCAAGACAUUGACAGUCAAGCAGAUGGAGAAAGUGGUGCAAAAUAUGGGAUCAAUUGAUAAGCCUUGGAACUGUCCUCAUGGACGACCGACAAUGCGGCAUUUGAUGAGUUUGGGCUCUUGGGAUGAGUAUAAUGAGUACAGCGAGCAGACUUCUAUGGCAGAUGACGCUCGCAGUCCCUGGCAAAGAUUUUAUGAUUGGCAAUAUCAGCAGGAUGACGAAGAGCAAGAAGGGGGAGAAAAUGGAGAAGACGAGGAGGAAGAUGUAUAA